AUGGCUAUGCCACUCAGCACGAGAGCAGAGUGCUGGGUUUGGUACGGCCUGGCGAUUGGUGCGGUCGUAAUGAGAUAUCAGUCACAGUACCUCGUCCGCAAGCGCAGGUUCUUCGACAAAAUGACUAUAGACGACAUAUUGAUGGCUAUAAUAGUCCUAAUAUACACUACCUCGAUCUCCGCAUUAUACAUCUACUUUGACAUCGUUGCGACGACCGACUUUGACGCCCUCACUCCGGAUGAGUAUGCCGCAGUUGGUCGCAAGAUGGGAAUACUGAACAUUCUAUCCGAAACAUCGAUGCAAACAACACUUUGGGGUAAUAAGUGUUGUUUACUGCUAUUAUACAAUCGCCUGACUCUCUUUGGCCAUUAUCGAAAGACUUGGGUCAGCGUUGCAGCUUACACCGGGCUUGCAUACGUUGCAGUCAUCGUUUCACUAUACGGAGGGUGGUGCAGGCCAUUUUCCGAGUACAUGGAGCUUCAGCCAGAAAACGGUGAGUCUCUUCCUAGACUGGAAGCCGAUGGCAUGAGAUCAGCUGUUCCACGAACAUCUUAUUGGAAGGAAGCUGACUCUUGCUUCUUCAGCGGAAUGCUUGACAUGGAAGAACUACAACAUAUUGCAAAUCACGAUGAACCUAUCGACGGAUCUGGUGCUUCUUCUAAUCCCGGUCACAUUAAUCAGCCGGUUAAAGAUGAAAAUCGGAAAGUACGUACGCCCUUUUCGAAACUCCUUCUCAUCUGUCUCUUUAGCAUGGGCGUAUUCGUUAUGCUUUGCGCAAUCCUUACCAAGGUCGCCGUAUUCACCUACUCAACCGACUUCGUCUGGUUUAUGUGGUGCGUGCGCGAGACGAGUACCGCGAUGCUAGUCGGCAACCUCGUCCUCGGAAUGCCCACCCUGCGUGCCGCGUGGCGGUGCGUCUUCCCGCAGAGCAGUAUCACGCCUUUGCGAGAUGGAGAAUCCUCUGCGGGUACGGGGGAGACGUACGCGACGUAUAACACGGCGAAGAAAGUCUCCCGCGUCGGUUCGGACGCCUGGUCGGCCGGGGAGCAACAGCACCACCACGGAGGCGGUCCGUCUCAGUGGAACUCGCCUCCCGCCGCCAGAGCCGCGAUCAGUAGCGUCUACACGGAUUUUGAGCUUUACGGGAAGGCUGGAGCCAAGGGGGAGAGUAGGAGGUUGUCGAUGGGGUCGGAGCAUGUAUGA